UAUUUUCCUUAUUUCUUACCGUCUUGAAUUUGUUUAAAAAAAAAAUAGUUUGGUAUAGUUGAGAAGCGAUUCCUAAAGUAUCGCACGUUUUUUACUGUUGUAAUAAAUUUUUUGUGUAAUCGCGUUUCGUGUAACAUUCUCGUAACAUUAUUUAGAUACUACAUUUAUUUGCUGUGCUUAAACUUUAAGCUUCUCAAUUUUCUAACAAUUCCGCAUAAAAAUUUCUGUCAAAACUCUGUCAUAUAUUCUUGCUUCUUUCUUUUUUUCUUUUUUUUAGUCAUGUCUUCGACUCUCAAAACUCUUAAAACCAAAAGUUGUUAUGAAUUCCUUCUUUCUAGUGUUUCUAAGAUUGACACAACUGUAUAUAGUCCUCCUUUUGCCACUUCCCACGAUAUGUUUUGGCAACUCGAGUUCAUUCCUAACUCUUCAGAAGAACCUGGCCAUUGCGCAGCAUUUCUUUUUGCCAUACCAAAUCAUGAAGAGGCAAACUCUAGUGGCAUAUGGUCAAGAAGGAGUAUAUUAACUGCUAAAUUAUAUUUGAAAAACGCAAGAAAUCAGAUUUUUCUUAAGAGACAAUCUGUAAAAAUGAACUCGUUCUCAGCUAAAUUAUCUGGAUGGGGUUGGGAAGCUUUCUUUAAUAAAGCAAAUUUACCGGAACAUGUUUUAUUUGGUGUUGAAUUUGAUCGAGCUGAAAUGGGAAUGGUUUCGCAAAAAUGGCCUUUACCUAGUAACCCUCAAUUACCUGAUCUUAUUCCGCAAGAUUUAGUGAAAGCAUGGGAAGGCCAAUUAAACAACCCGGCAACAUCCGAUGUUCAAUUCAACAUUCAAGGACACACAAUUUAUGCCAAUUCAUCGAUUCUUUCCGCAAGAUCUAAAUAUUUUCAAUUGAUAUUUCAAGGGAAAUGGUUAGAAUCAGAUUCGAAUGGCAAAUCAGAACCUCCACAACAAGCUAGAGAAAGAAGAAAUUCUAAUAAUAACGUAAAUAAUCAUCAAGCAAGAUGCAAUCACGUCAUUGAAGUUACCGAUUUUCACUAUCAAACUUUUUUGGAGAUGUUACGAUUCCUUUACACAAAUAAAGUCACGUUUAAAAAGGAAGAACAAUUUAACAUUACUGCUUUGGAUCUCUUUAGAAUUGCUGAUAAAUAUUUAAUAGAUGAUUUACGUUUACAGGCAAAAAAUGAGAUUUUUAAUUAUUUGACAGUAAAUGACGCUGCAGAAUUUUUGUUUGGAACUGCAUGGAAAUAUCCAGAAUUAAAGGAACAUGCGAUGAAAUACGUUGUUUUGAACUUUGUUCAUAUUAGACAAACAACUGGGUUCAAAAAUAUUUUAUCGGAUUUGGCUAAUCAUCCUCAAUAUGCGGAAAUUCUUAAUGAAAUUUUGGCAGAACUAUUUCCAGUAACUCCUGUUAAUACAGGAAAGCCUACUAAAGAAGAGGCUUCUUAGAGUUUCAUUAUAGAAAGAGUCGUUUUUUUGUCUAUUAGAAUAUUUAAUUUGUUCAUAAAAUGUAAAUUAGUUUUAAUUUUCGUUUAGUUCUUAUUUACUUUAUGAAAGUUUAGAUAAUGACUUCAUAGAUCGUUUUAUAAUUUGUAGAUAGUAAAUUUUCUUGAAAGAACUUUCUGGUUUUUUUUCACUUCCCUAUCCAUAUAUUUUUUUAUACAAUUAUAAUCUUUAAAAAAAACUACGCUAAGAUAUAAUGUAUAUUAGCUGUAACAAUAAUAAAAAUUCGGAUUAUGAAAUCGUGUUACUUU